GAGUUGCUCCCCUUCAAAAUAUAGAAUCACAACAAAUGUCACGUUUUGCUACUCCAAACUUUUCUCAUCUAACAGAGGAAGAUUUGAAGCAUGUUUAUGAACCAGCAGAAGAUUCAUUUUUACUCCUCGAUGCUAUAGAAAAUGAUUACGAGUAUCUUAGAAAACAAGAACCAAGCAUUUGUGUGGAAGUAGGAAGUGGAUCAGGAGUUUGUAUUACAUUCCUAGCUAGAGUCCUUGGACAGUCUGCAGUUUAUUGGUCAACAGAUAUUAACCCAGUGGCUGCUAGAGUGACCAGAAAGACAGCAGAAUGUAACAGUGUACAUGUGGAACCAGUUAUAACAGAUUUGGUGACAGGACUACUACCAAGGUUAUAUAAGAGUGUAGAUGUACUACUGUUCAAUCCUCCUUAUGUUGUGACUCCUCCUGAAGAGGUUGGUAGUAAUUCCAUAGAAGCAUCAUGGGCAGGUGGCACUGAUGGACGACAAGUCAUGAACAGAUUAUUUCCCAAGGUCAAGGACAUCUUAUCACCAAAGGGAGUCUUCUAUCUGGUUGUAAUUAAAGAGAAUAAUCAAGAUGACAUAGAGAAGAUAAUGCUAAAUGAAGGCUUUAAAAUGGAAAAUAUAAUUACAAGGAGAACCGGACCUGAGUUACUGUCUGUGUUAAAAUUCACUAGGUUAACUAGAUAGUGCAUUGUAAUCCAGGUGGAAGGCUCACCAUUAUGUGGUCAGAGUUACAGUAAUGCAUUAUAAUCCACAAAGAAGACUCACCAUUAUGUGGUCAGAGAUACAGUGGAUCAUUAUAAACACAAAGGGGACUCGCCAUUAUGUGGUCAGAGUUACAGUGGUGAAUUAUAAUCCACAAAGGGAACUCACCAUUAUGUGGUCAGAGUUACAGCAAAGGGGACUCACCAUUAUAGGGUCCAGAGUUAAGAAUUCAGUAAUUAGGUACACUUCUCAACUAUGUUCUAGCAAAUGAACCACUGGUGGUACAGCAUCUAUGUUCCGGCGGUAUAAUAAACCAGUUCUGAGAAGGAAGUGCUGCCUUUGAGAUCUAAGUUUAAAGGCAGAUUUGAUGUACAUCACUGGCACAGAAAUCAGCUGUUGCAUAGUAUUUCUAAAAGUCUGUGAAGUCAUAACAAGACAAAUUGAUGCAUAUUAUCAAUUCUCCUAACUAUUUAUUACAACAUUUAUAGAACUUGAAAGUUAAUUCCAUCUAUCAUGACUUCAAUAUGAUGAUUUUGAAUGUACUUGUUUAAUAAACUUUAUACAUUCUCUGGUGACAUUGAAUUGUACCAAGUUACAUUCAGAUAUUUUCAAUAAAAUCUGUUUUGUAGGCA